AUGACUACAGAGGCAACCCAAUCAGGUAAUUUAUUGGAGUUCAUGUGUUUGUUGUGUGACCACGAGGUGGUGGUGUUAUUUGACUUGGGGGCCACUCAUUCAUUCGUGUCUAAUGAAUGCGUGGGGAGGCUCGGACUUGCUAUGCGAAAGCUGGAAUGCGAAUUGAUAGUCGCUACGCCAGCAUCUGGAGAGGUAUCCACCACUUCUAUGUGCGUGGGGUGUCCUAUGGAGGUGGCAGGCCGCAGGUUCACUCUGAAUCUUAUUUGCGUGUCGAUAGAGGGUCUGGAUGUGAUACUGGGCAUGGACUGGUUGUCGAGCAACGAUGUUGUCAUUGAUUGUGGACGGCGCAGGGUAGUGUUUCCAGAUAAAGUGGGGUUGGAACUUAUCUCGUCUAAUCAGGCAGUGAGGGAGAUUGAGGCUGGGGCUACAUGCUAUAUGAUAGUGGCUCAUGCGGAGAAGAUGAGUACAGCAGAGAAAAUCAGCAGGAUUUCGAUAGUGGAGGAAUACGCAUAUGUAUUUUCGGAUGAGAUUUCAGAGUUGCCACCUAUCAGGGAUGUGGAUUUCUCCAUUGAUCUCAUCCCUGGCGCUGAGCCAGUUUCUAAGGCACCGUACAGGAUGGCACCUGCUGAGGUAGCCGAACUAAAGAAAUAG